GUCACGUCUGGAGGCAGGCUGCUCGCGCUGCUGACACCGUUCACCUCCAACGGAGGAACUUUUUGGAGUUCUCGGGCUCUCCUAACUCAAGUCAAACAGGCUGAGAGAAACCCGCUGCAGCCCGCACAGCCUCAGUGCUACAGGGAGACAGAGGAGGGCGACGGGCUCGUCUACAGCCGAGGAACACUUCAACGUUACGAUUUCUCUCUUAUUUGUCAGGGCUAAGUUAGCUCAUUCUGAUGGUUGGAAUUCCGUAUCUGCAAGAAUAUGUUGAGGAAUACACACGUUUUUCUUACUCGUAAGAAGUGAGAAGUUUUUUUUUUCACAGAACAGAAUCUGGACCUUUUUUUCACCCUUGCAAACUUUUGUCUUUACUUCUUUAUUGUGUGUGGAUAUGGCUCGGAUAUAUUUGGGGUUUUUCCUUUCCUUUGGGAUGUUUCUCUUCCCGGUUUGUGUGUCACCGGAGCGGCAGCAGAGUCAGAGCGGCUUCAGGAGGCUGUAUGUACUGCAGCCCGGGCCGGGGCCCGGGACGGCCGGAGCCAACGGCGGGGUACGAGUCAGCUCCAUCUCGAGUCUUCACGGCCUGUCGGGGCAACCGCACACGUAUAAUGUGGAGCUCACAGCCAACUUUGGCGGCCAGGUCCGGAGCCGCAGGAUGGGGAAGCAAGCGGCGUCAGCCCCGCAGCAGCAGCAGCCGGUAGUCCGGCAGGAACAGAGCCAGAAGCAGCUCCUGAAGCUGUCUGGGGUGAAUGUCUGUGGAGGGCAGUGCUGUCAUGGCUGGAGUAAGUCUCAGGGAUCACAGCGGUGCACGAUGCCCAACUGCAUCCCUCAGUGCCAUAAUGGAGGAAUGUGCCUCAGGCCUCAGCACUGUGUCUGCAAACCUGGCUCAGAGGGGAAGGCAUGCGAACAGAAGACUGUACCCACACACUCCUUUCCACCGCGGCCUGGGAACGGACCCACCAACGGGCACAACACUGGUCACACAAAUGGGCACACCACUGGUCAUACUAAUGGACACACUUCUGGCAACACCAAUGUACACAGUGUGGUACCCCAGCGGCCAAUACCUCAGCAAGUGCGCCCUAAUGGUUAUGGCUCUGGCCCCUCUUCAUCUAACAACAUGGGCCAGAUGAAACUAACUGUCAAGCCAGCCCCGCAGUUUGUGCGGCCACAUUACAUACAGCAACACAUCCAACAGCAAAUUCGACCCAUGCCAAUUCACCCUGGUCAGAGCCAGCAAUAUAUUAUGAAGCCCAAAUACUACCACAGGCACACCACUCACACACAGACUCACGUCCAGACCCAGCCUGAAAGGCCCAUCCCCCUAACAGUGGGACACAACCCUAAUCACGCAGGCAACCAUACGGGAAGAAUCAAGGUGGUCUUCACGCCCACUGUCUGCAAACUGACCUGCAUAGGUGGCAGGUGUCACAACAACUGUGAGCGGGGAAACACCACCACCAUCAUCAGUGAGAAUGGUCAUGCCACAGAUACCCUGACAGCACCCAACUUCAGAGUAGUGGUGUGUCACCUGCCCUGUAUAAAUGGCGGUAAGUGCAGCACCAGAGACAAAUGCCAAUGCCCUCCAAACUUCACCGGAAAGUUCUGCCAGAUGGCGGUUCAGAACGGACACCAGCAGACAUCAGGAGGCUACAGCCAGAAUCAGGUCCACUCCACACACACCCUGCCUCUGACCUAUAGCAACGGCCAGACACCUGGCAUCGUCAACAUUCACAUCAAUCACCCCCCAGAGGCCUCAGUUCAGUUCCACCAGGUGUCUCAGUUGGACAAUUACAACAACAAUGGACAACAAACAAAAGGCUCCUCAUCAUCCACUAGUUAUAGCUACCAUCACAGCGAAAGCAGCCAGAAGAUCCAGCACCAUGGCUACAACAUAGUCUAUCCGGGCCAGCACAGCUACCAGUUUCCUCAGUACCAGCCUGUCACCUCUAAGAAUGCACUGGGCCGCUGCUUCCAGGAGACAGCAGGCAGUCAGUGUGGAAAACCUCUGCCCAUUCUAACUAAGCUGGAGCAGUGCUGCGGGACCAUUGGGACCUCGUGGGGAUUCCACAAAUGCCAAAAGUGUCCGAAGAAACCAUCUUUCCCCCUGAUAGAUUGCCCUCAGGGUUAUAUAAGAGUCAACAGUUCUCAUUGCCAAGAUCUAGAUGAGUGCCAACUACAGGGUGUGUGUCCAAAUGGAAACUGUGUGAACACUCUGGGCAGCUACAGGUGCAUAUGUAAACCUGGUUAUGUCCCUGACCCCACGUUCACCAUGUGCAUACCCGAAACACCCGUCCAAGAGGAGAAGGGGGCUUGCUUCCGUUUGGUCAGCUCAGGGAGGCAAUGUUUGCACCCAGUGUCUGCCCAGCUGAGCAAACAGCUUUGCUGCUGCAGUGUGGGCAAAGCCUGGGGCCCUCGUUGUGACAAAUGCCCCCCUCCAGGAACAGCUAAGUUCAAAGAAAUCUGUCCUGGUGGAAUGGGCUACACUGUUCUACCAAAUCCUCCUGUCAAUAAGCCAGUUUAUCAGGAGCCCAUUGACCCACCCCAACCCCUACCAACACCAGAGAGACCAGUGGAGGCGUUUGGAACACCGGAAGAGAUUAUACCAGUAGCAACCACUUCACCAGAGCAGGAGCUGGUAAUUCCUGUGGGUAGCAUUAGUCCAGUAGUUGAGCCUAUCCAGCCCCAGCUAUCUCCGGGUGUUUCCACCAUCAAGAUGGAGGCACCUUACCCAGAAGUGGUUGAGAGGAUUUCUCCUCCUGCACCAGUAGAGAUUCUUCCAACUAAUGCAGGCCAGGACAUUGCACCUACCCAGUCAGCAGAGGUAGACGAGUGCCAGAUCAACCCUUAUAUUUGCGGCCACGGGAUUUGUUACAACACAGCUGAGAGCUAUAUCUGCCACUGUGAUGAAGGAUACCACCUGGAUGAGGCCCAAACCACCUGCAUAGAUAUCGAUGAAUGUGAAAACAGGCUAGUGUGUCCUUCUGGUAUCUGCUUCAAUGAGCCUGGUAGUUACACCUGUGGCUCCUGUCCGUCUGGCUUCUUGGGUCAAGGAGGCCAGUGUGUAGAUAUAGAUGAGUGCCAGGAUCAGAGAGUCUGUGUCAGAGGCCACUGCCAGAAUACCGAAGGCUCCUUUUCCUGUGUGUGUGGGCCAGGCUUCAGACUAUCGCCAGCUGGAGACCAGUGUGAUGAUGUGAAUGAGUGCACAGAGGAAGUCAGACCAUGUAAGGAAGUGGGAGAGUGCGUCAACAAUCUGGGCUCCUACACUUGUAGCUGCCCACAGGGGUACCGGCAGAUCAAUGGCACCAUCUGCAGUGAUGUUGAUGAGUGUGCCGACGACACAGAGCUGUGUUCCCCUCAUGGUAAAUGUCUCAACACAGAAGGAUCGUAUCUGUGUGUGUGCGACAGUGGAUUCACUGCUAGCCUCGACAUGCCAUCCUGUGAUGAUAUUGAUGAGUGUGGACUCAAUGAGACAAUAUGUGGCCCCCACGGCUUCUGUGAGAACAGACUGGGUUCUUACCAAUGCCUCUGUGACCAGGGCUACCAGGAGUCACGGGAUGGCCACGGCUGUGUGGAUGUGGAUGAGUGUGAGCUGCUGAGCAGUGUCUGUGGAGAGGCGCAGUGCGUAAACAGGGAUGGUACAUUCCAGUGCGAGUGUCCUAGUGGCCAAGAAUACAACGUCAUGAUCGCCAAGUGCGAGCCUAUUCCCACAGCACCGUUAGUGGAGCAUAAGGAGUGCUACUACCAUCUGAAUGACGAGAACCUGUGUGAGAGUGUACUGACCAGCCAUGUUACACUGCAGGAGUGCUGCUGCACACUGGGAGCUGGCUGGGGUGAUAACUGUGAGGUGCAUCCCUGUCCUGUCAAUGGCACAGACCAGUUUAACCAGAUGUGUCCAUCUGGAAGAGGUUUUAUUCCCAAUGGAGACUUGCUGUAUGGAGUACCCACUUCUGAUGUCUACAGGGAUGCAGAUGAAUGUUCACUGUUUGGUCAGGAGGUGUGUAAAGGAGGCUUCUGCCUGAAUACUGAGGGUAGCUACGAGUGUUACUGCAAGACCGGACAUGACUACGACCCCAUCAAACUGGAGUGCAGAGACAUCGAUGAGUGUCUGGAUGAGUCACUGUGCAUUGAUGGACAGUGUUUGAACACAGAUGGCUCAUACAUGUGUUUGUGUAUAAGCCCAAUGGUUCUGGACCCCAUUGGGAACCGCUGCAUCUUCCAUCCUGAGGUGGCUGACCAACGUGAAACAGAGGAGAUAGACUAUGGGGGCAUCUGCUGGCAAGAGGUCAGAAAUAUGAUGUGCAUCAAUCCACUUGGUCCUAACCAGAAGACCACGUACACUGAGUGUUGCUGUCUUCAUGGAUAUGCCUGGGGCUUGCAAUGUGCCCUGUGUCCUCCCAGAGACACAGAGGACUACGCCUCCAUGUGUAACCUUCCUCUGAGUGGUGGGCGGCGGCCGUACGGUCGUGACGCUCUUGUUGCAGGUCCAGUUCAUGAGCAUGCUGUGACACCAGACUAUUCUUCAUCAUCUGAAGCACGUCCCCACUAUGAUAUUGAAGAGUAUCCAUACAGAGCUUUUGAGGGUUUGCGAGCAGAGGAGUGCGGGAUACUGAAUGGCUGUGAGAACGGUCGGUGUGUCCGGGUUCAGGAGGGUUACACGUGUGACUGCUUUGAUGGAUAUACGCUGGAUCUGCCCCGCAUGACCUGCAUUGAUGUUAACGAAUGUUUAGAACUAAACAACCGGAUGUCACUGUGUAAAAACGCCAGGUGCAUCAAUAACGUGGGCUCCUACCAGUGUGUGUGUCUUCCAGGCUUUAAGGCCUCUGACAAACCCAACUACUGCGUGGAGGCAGAAAAACACCAGAUAUCCACACACACACAGUGAGCAUGAACUGACCAGGAGGCAACAAGAAACACCAAAACCACAUGCAUAAUCUUGUAUUUCUAUACUUGUCAGGACGUCCUCAGACCACAUUCACUCAUUGUCAAAACAUCAACAGUAUUCUUAAUUUGAACUGCUGGCCUUGUUGUAGCAUACAGCAGCAAUCCCAAGUAAUAAAAGUUAAAAUAAGAAAGUUGGUUAGUGUACCUUUAUUUCUUUUAUACAUUUCUGGAGGCAUAAUUCUGUUAAAGGCACUAUAGUUAAAAGUGCAGUAAUUUUUAUGUGGCAGCGUGUGGAACCUCUCACUCUUCCUCGUGGAAAGUGGAAAGCCAGUGGCAGCGAAAUCAAUAACACAGAACAGAGCAGACAUCGCUCAAAGCAAAUAAGACAGUGGUCAAGUCAGAGACAGCAUGGAAAGAGGAGCUGGCCUGGAAGUGGGUUGCAAAGCAGCUUACAGACCACAGCAACUGUGAGUGGGGUAAAAAGCAGAAAUAGCACACCCUGAGUGUGAUCAGCAAACUGGAUCAGUGUCAGCUAAGCCAUCAGCUGAUCUGCCAGAAUGAUGGUCUUUAUCUUAUCUGACAUACUCAUAUGCUUUGUACCAGCAUCUUUUUUACUCCUGCUUUACAGCCUUAUGGUUCAAUUCCUCUCACAUUUCAUUUUGUUGUGCUUUCUUUAUUUAGUGCUGUUUGUUUUUGUGUGUGUGUUUGUUAAAUAAAGCCCUCCUAUACAUUGUAAGUAAGUGGUAUAAAUGCAGGGCCUAUUAUUGCAGCGUCCAUUGUUUUUUAAUGAAUAUUUACCAACAUCCAGUGGUUUUCAAAAAACAUAAAUGUAACAGUUGUGUAACAGUGCCAGUUUGCUAACUGGAUUAGCACUGUUGAAAAUGCCAUUGUGUUUGACUAAUCAGUGACACCGAGUUUGGAAAAGCUCCAGAAGAUCUAAACAUUCAGUGUGACUGGCACGUGCCAGGGGUUGGACUGUCUUUCACACGCAUUCAUUUACAGCGCACCAGUACCAGUAGAUUUACUAAUAAAGAGGUAAAGUAAAUGGGAUUUAAGGAAGGUUGCAGGCAAUUAAUUGCAUUGCUGUUUAACACUAAAGCAUGUGUCUGUGAUUUGUUGAUGUGGUAGUUGCUAGUUCAUCUGGGAUACAAGUGAGUUAUCAGAAUAAGUGUUUAGUGCCCUGAGAUGUAGCAAAGCUUUGACCUGUAGCUCUUCAGCCCAAAUGUUCAGAGACGGUCCUCGGAUGUUUCUGGUAAAGGUGGUGUUGUUGUUUUUUUCCGAACAAUGAACACAGAAGCCUUUACAUGUUUCACUUUCAAAUGUUUUGCCUUUUCUUUACCGUAUCAUGUGUUACAUAACAUGCUAAAAUGUCUGUCCACAUAAAGCUAUAAAUAUAACUCAGAGCUGAAGUGUAUAAGAGCAAGUCAAAACUGAUAUAUGUUGCUCAGGUAUCACAGGAUGGAUUUUAUGAUUGUUGCCGGAAUUGUUGCCCGUAUGUAUCUGAGAGUCAAGUCCUUUGACUUGAAUAAAUUGCUGCAGCCUCAUAUAAUAUACAGAUAAAAGAAAAACUGUUUCCACAUUAAGACAUGUGGCACACUAACUUCAUUAAUGUACUGAUCCGCCUCCAAAACUCGACACAGUUUCCAUCAGCUUCUCACAGAAGAACAUAUAGAUUCUCUUUUAGCUGCCUUUUAUUUGGCCUGGAUGGCCAUUCUCUUUCCAGGGAGAGAUACAUUUGUGACACCUGCACUUCUUUUGUUUAAUAGAUAACUAAAAAAUGACUACCAAUUUAGUGCUUAGUAAAUCUGGUCUUUGGUGUCGAGACGCUAAAACUCCAAAUUGUGUGGUCAACCCAAAGAAGAAUUCACUGAAAUCAGUGGGAAUAUGAUGCAGAGAAAAUUCAUUCCUGUACCAAAUUUUACAAUAAAUGAUUUUGUAGCUUUGGUAUUUUCCAAAGCUGGACCAAAGUUGUUUACCUGAGUGAACAUUCGUUCCUUUCCUCAGGUCCUGCUGGUAGCAUGUCUAAUACGUGCAUCAAGUAACCCUGGGAUUUUUUUAACCACCAUAUUUAUUGUGCUGUGUCACUGAUCUGUCUCUGCUCUGUGUAUGAUUGAUUUUUUGAAAAAGCCAUCUGUUAUUUCUCUAUCCAGCUCAACAUCUGAUGGAGAAUCACCAACAACUGAUAAAGCCCCACACUUGCAACCUUAAACAAAAUGCACAUCAGCCAGUGUGUCUUCUGCCAAAACGUUCAGUUUUUUGAUUUCAGAGAGGAUGCGUGGUCCUUAAAAGUAUAGAAAUACAAGUACUCACACACUCUUCAUUAAUCAAAGCCCAUAUAUUCUGCACUGUAUAUGACACACACUCAAUGAAACAAACAGUAAUUUACUUGAGAUGAAGAUUCAGCUUAAUGUACAACAUGGUGCCUACGUGGAGGGGAGAAACUACAUAACUGUAUAAAAUCUAUGUCAUGUCUGGUGCUUAAUUCUGUGUUUAAGUGGGGUUUUGUGUAUAUCAUAACAGGCCAUUUUGCUCAUUUAUCGUACUGACAAACCCUAUGGACUCGUGCUGGGGGAUCAAGUUGUAGUUUGUACCCAAUCAAACUGAUUGUGGAUAUUUAAUUCUGUGAAGAAGCCAGCUGUCCAAUCCUUUGCUUCCUCCAUUGCCAUGCCUCGAUCUGUUGAAAAAACAAGCUUAUCUCUUCACCACAGCAUCACAAGAUAUGUAAUAUGCACUUGUUGUUUUAAAGAAAGUAGCUAAUGUCUUUGAAAUAAGCUUUUGUAAGGGUGUUCAGAUGCAGUUAGAGAGCAACUGGUUGUCUGAAACAUAGCCAAAGCCACCUUACAUGUCUCUUACAAAUAUGUUGUUUCUUACAAGCAGGUUGUUGUGAUACCUGGUAGUACUUCCCUCAGUGUCUUGGAGGGACUGAAUUCACGUGUGUUUUAUGUUUUCUACUUCUCUUAACUGUAUUUCACUGCAAAGUCUUGCCAGGUUGCAAAGCUGCUAUGAGGCAGUGAUUGGAGAGAAGAACCUUGUGUACAUUUAAACAAAAGAGUGGAGAAGACAGCUGAUGUAUUUGUAAUAUGUACAUGAAUAAAUAGCUUUUUCUAUGAAUUCAUAAUACAAUGUACAUUAAAUCCCUUGAUAAUAAACCACAAAUUGUGAUAUUUAACACCA